GCUCGGCGGCGGGCGGGGAGCGGCGCUGGGCGGGGAGCGGGGCCGCACCGGGCCGGAGCGGGCCGGACCGCGGCCGGGGCUCGGCACCAUGAAGCUGACCACGCAGGCUUACUGCAAGAUGGUGCUGCACGGCGCCAAGUACCCGCACUGCGCCGUCAACGGGCUCCUGGUGGCCGAGAGGCCGCCGGCCCCGCGGCCGCCGCAGCCCGCGCUGUUCGUGGAUUGCAUCCCGCUCUUCCACGGCACGCUGGCGCUCGCCCCCAUGCUGGAGGUGGCCCUGACCCUGAUUGAUUCCUGGUGCAAGGAGAACAGCUACGUGAUAGCUGGAUAUUACCAGGCGAACGAACGCGUGAAAGAUGCCAGCCCAAACCAGGUCGCAGAGAAGGUGGCCUCCCGGAUUGCCGAGGGUUUCACGGACACUGCGCUCAUCAUGGUUGACAACACCAAGUUCACCAUGGAGUGUGUGGAGCCUGCCAUCCACGUGUACGAGCUGCACGAGAACAAGUGGAGGUGCAAGGACCCCCACGUCGACUUCUGUGAAGACUGGACGGAAGCCCAGCGAAUCGCUGCCUCCCUGCUGGACAGCAAGUCCUACGAGACACUGGUGGAUUUCGAUAAUCACCUGGAUGACAUCCGCAACGACUGGACAAACCCGGAGAUCAACAAAGCUGUGCUGCACCUGUGCUAGGAGGGACCCUCCUGACUAAUCCACGGGCAUUCCCACUCUGUACUGAAGAGAGAAAAAUGCUAUUUUUGAAUGUAAACAGAAUUCAUAUUCAGUACCUUGUGUGGAAAGCUGACUGAUUAAAGAGGAGUGGCCUCUGUGUCCGUAAAGCCGCGGAAUGUUGGUGGUGACAUUCCCUGGAAGAGCUGCCAGCUGUCACUUCCAGCUGUCCUCGUGGACGCCAUCCCACUUGUAGUGAAUGUUGCUAUUCCUUGGAAACCAGAACUGCUUCUGCUUGGCCCUCACUGUUCCUAUUCCAAAGUUUUGACUUCAGCUUUUCUAAUCUUUAGAGAGGUUACUUUUUAAUGAUUUCUGGAAAUACCUUUCCAAAAA